CCCUAGGGAAGGGAACGACAACAUUCUGGAGCUGGGUAUUUAAUUUAAAGGGCCAAAAGUUGCUCCCGCCCAACUUCCCCAAACUAGGCUGACAAACCUCAGACUUUACUGGGAAGCCAAUCUCGGGAGUCCGACUUGAGUCAAGGGAAAGAGCCCUUUCCAACAACAGCUAAGGGGCUUUGGUAGGGAGGUGCAACUGCAAGGGACGCUGGAGUUCUGGGUCAUCGACAGGACUUGGGACAAAAAGAAGUUUCGCGAGGCAAAGAAAUAGUGUAACUUUUCCCCAUCCCUCCUCCUCCAAGCCUUCUUCUAGGAUUGCCCUAUUCUGCCUCUCUUAAGCCCGGUGCUGGAGUCCAGACAAGACACGGUGACUGUCAAAGGCCCUUCUCAUUCUGCCUCCCUGCUCGCUGUUCGCACCUCCCCCCCCCCCCCAACCCCCACCCUCAUCCUUUUGCCUCUCUGCUGUCCCGGCACUGGAGGAAGUCACUGGACGAGCGCAGUUCACGAAGCCUGGCGCUGAGACUGAGGCGCCUAGGGUUCGUCUUGGGAGCGCAGCGUUCUCCCAGGGCUAGAGUUGGGAGUGAGAUGCCAUCCCCUGCCCGCCUGCGCCUAGUGAGCGGUUGAGAGGGAGCCCAGUCCCCCAAGCUCACGGAGGAGAGGAGAUGAUGGCCCAGUCGGUAGCCCCGCUGGCCUAAGAAGGGGGUCCAGGGCUUGGGCUGCAGCAGCUGGAUUCAGAGGUGAAGGAAGGUGAGCCCUCCUAACAGCCAUGGUGGCCCUGGGGCUCGCCCUGAUCUUGCUUCUGAAAUACGUGGUCUCUGGCUCCGGCGAGGCAGAGAAAUUCCAUCCCUUCCGCUGUGACCACCAGGCCUGCAACCCUCCUGUGGGGAACCUUGCCAUAGGCAGGACCCCUAUCACAUUCACUACCUGUGGGGAGAGUGGUACGGAGUUGUCCUGCUCCUAUGUGGAACAGCCUCUCCUCCCAUCCAACACCUUGGACUGUGGUCAUCUUCAAUGCACCAAGUGCAAUGCUCAGCAACCUAACAAUUCCCACCCGUCAUCCUCCAUGACAGACGACGUCUUUACCUCUCCCAACACCUGGUGGCAAUCAGCUGCGGGCAUCUCACGAGAAGAGAUUCGUUUGGACUUUGAGACAGAGUUCUACCUGACUCAUGUUAUAGUGGUCUUCAGAUCUCCCCGGCCAGCAGCCAUGAUCCUGGAGCGUUCCCAGGAUGAUGGACAUACCUGGAGGCCCUAUAAAUAUUUUGCCGCCAACUGUACAGCCACCUUUGGACUCCAAGAUGACCUCCUUGAAGAAGGCUCCCCUUGUACGUCUAGGUAUUCGGGAGCUAUUCCUUGUACAAGAGGUGAGGUUAUCUACCGGGCCCUAACUCCAACCAAUCAGGUGGAUGAUCCUUAUGGCCCUGAAGCCCAAGAUUUGCUAAAACUCACCAACCUCCGUCUCUUGCUGCUAAAAAGGCAGGAUUGCCCCUGCCAGGAGGCAAGGCUCCCAGAGAAGCCCCAGCGAUUUGCCCACUAUGCCAUCUAUGACCUGAUCGUCCGUGGAAGCUGCUUCUGCAAUGGACAUGGGGAGAGGUGUCAGCCAGCUGAUGAGACAGAAAACUCCAGGAGUAUGGUCCACGGGACAUGUGUAUGCAGACAUCACACAGCAGGUCUGCACUGUGAGAGGUGUUUGCCACUGUACAAUGACCAGCCAUGGAAGCCAGGAGAUGGGAAAACCAGUCAGCCCAAUGAGUGCAAAAAGUGCCGCUGCCACAAGCAUGCUGAGAGCUGCCACUUUGAUCCGGGCAUCUGGCUGGACUCUGGGAAGCGUACAGGUGGCAUCUGUGACAAUUGCCAGCAUCACACGGAGGGCCGUCACUGCCAGAAAUGCAAGCCAGGAUUUUAUCGGGAUUGGAGCAAGCCUAUGUCCUCCCCAGAAGUCUGUAAACCUUGUUCAUGCCAGCCCUUGGGCUCAGCCAAUGAGAUGUCCCACCAGGGCUUCCCUUGCCACCCCAAAACAGGAUACUGCCUGUGCAAGCCCGGAGUGGCUGGCCCCCAUUGUGACCGAUGCCUGGUGGGGUACUGGGGCUUCGGACGAAAUGGUUGCCAUCCUUGUAACUGCUCUGGGGAAUGUGAGCCCCACACCGGGGCCUGCCUGGCUGGACAUGAGAAGGCUCCUGUCCUCCCUGUCCCUGUGGAGGGGCAGAUCCCUGACCUUGUCCAGGGACUGGGCAAUGAUAGUGAAGGACCCUUGAGAUGGGAUGAUCAAGAGAGAGGGUUUUCUGCUCUGAGGCAUCCAGAAAAGUGCGUCUGCAAGGAGAAGACUGUUGGGAAGGUCAGAGAUUUCUGCCAGAUGAAGUAUGCCUAUGUGAUAAAGGCUAAGAUCCUUUCAGCAUAUGACAAAGGCACCCAUGCUGAAGUGUGGGUGAAGGUGAAGAAGAUUCUAAAGUCUAGUCAAGUGAAAAUCUUUCGGAGUCACCAAAGCAUUUACCCAGAGUCCUGGACCCACAGGGGGUGCACCUGCCCCAUUCUGAACCCAGGUACAGACUACUUGAUUGCAGGGCAGGAGGACCCCAGAAGCAACAAACUCUUGGUCAACAUGAAUAGCCUGGUGAAGCCUUGGAAGGUGUACCUUGGGAAACAAGUAACAGGUAUCCUUCGCACCGGGUGCAAGUAAUCGAGGCAGAGGUCAUAGAGCCUUGCUUUCUUGCAACAAAGUCUAGUGUGCUCACCACUCUGAGAACCCCAAAGCGCCCAGGUGAUCAGAGUGAACGGCUCCUCCUUUCCUAAGCUCAGGACAAAGUUCUUCCUGUAGAGCCCCUGCUGCCUCACAAAUGGUCCCACUCAAAGAAGGUGGGCAGAAUGCCAGUUCUUCUCCCAGAGCCUCAUUGGAGAGGAAUUCCACUAUGACUUAAAAUUUGAUUACACAAUGGAGACAUUCCAAGGCAAAGGUGAGAGCACUUGGCUUGGUCUCAGAUGUGGUUUCCCAUUCUGGCUCUUGUCAUACUUCAUGUGGCCUUUGGCAAGUCACUUCACCCUGGGUUCCUUUGUUUGUAAAAGGAUGGAGAGGACACCACUUGUCCCAUAUAGCUCACAGGAUUGUUUUGGGGAUGAGAUGAAGAUGAAGAGACACUGUCAACUUGGAAGUCUACACCAAUGGAACUGGCUGCUAUUAUCAUGAAUCUCCAUAGCUAAAAUUUAACCCAACACAGAUGCAUAGCACCUUUUGGUGGACUGGAUUUUGACCAGGGGCAUCUCUCUUUUUCUUGAUGAUGAUGAUGAUGAUGAUGUUACAAAUGGAAAACAGGAAUCAAUCAUUGAAAGUCAUAUUUUGUUGAAUUUUUAUGGUGAUACAAAAUACAAAGCUCUUUUUCUUGGAGGCACCAUAGUUUAGUGGGAAGAGGACUGGAUUGAGAACCAGAACUAGGUUCAGAGCUUGAUUCUACUACUUCCUCCUUGUAUGUCCUGGGGUAAGUUCCAUAACCUAUGCGAGCCUCAUCGAUAAAUUAGUGAGGUUGGACCAGACAGCCCCUGAGAUCCCGUGGGACAUAAUCCAAAUAGUGCCACAUAUUUGGCUUGAACCCUUGCUCUGCUAACCCUUGUGCCAGCUCUUGCCACUGACUUGCUGUGUGGCCUUGCACCAGGGUAGGCUUGUUUCCUUGUCUCUAUAGUGGGCAUAAUGCAUGUUACCAACUUCUCAAGUCAGAUUAUAGAUGCUGAAUUGCUUCUUUGAGCUGUAAAUGAGAGGAUUUGUUUUGGCCAUACCAUUCAAAACAAAGAGGGGAAGCUUCCCCAUUAGAUGGGGAGUCACUGCCCUUCUCCCCCAUGUACAGACUGCAUCCUAGACAGCCUCAGUCUCAGUCCUGCUGGCUUCAAAUUUUGGAAGCGGGCCAGGAGUUCAUAACUAGGAUCUAUGACUGUGCAAAAGGCUGGUUCUUUCAAUUAAAUUGUUGAAUGGCAAGAAAACACCAUCAGGCUCAGCUCCUUAGCUCUACAAGUUCUGGUGAAACAAUGUGGGACAACAUUGCAAGCCAGCUCCUGGUUGUUAGCAGACUCCUGACUUUCUGAGCCCUCUUCCAAUGUCUGCUUUCCUCUAAGCAGUCCCAUAGUCCUUCCUAUAAACCCCUUAAAGAGCACCAAAGAAUCACGAGUUAGAGCUGCAUUAUCUAGGUUGGCCAUUGCCCUUCCUUUACAGAUGGAUAAACUGAGGGCCUGGCAGGAAACAACUUGCCUAAGUUCAUAACUGGCAAGUAUGGGCUGGGCUACACUAAUCCAACCAUUUCCCCUUUUUGCAAAUGGAGACACUGAAAAAAAGGGGAAACAACUUGCCCAAGGUCACACAGCUGGUAAGUUAUAUGGCCACUAAAAUCCUUUCCAACUUAAAAAUUCUAUAGUUCUAUGAAAUGAUAGAGCUGGAAUUUGAAACUAGGUUGUUCUGACAUUAAAUGUACUUUCCCCACCACAGCAGUGAUGAAUUAGAAUUAUGGAAUAAGCUGGAAGGAACUUUAGAUGUCAUCUACACUUGCUGCUUCCUUUUGUACAGGAGGUACCUUGUUCAAGGUUACAUAGUGAAUUAGCAAUUUAGCCAUCCAGGUACCAGGUAUACAACCUGUCAUUGUGCCUUUUUCCACAGAGCUGAUUAUUGAAAUCCUUAAAAAUGUCAUUCCAAUUCCAGGGAAAUCUGACCUGGGUAAUAGGAAUCUUUCUGCCUCUUAGAUUUUCCAGCCACUAUUUAAAAAAACCAACCAAACGAAAACCAAUAGGAUUUUAGACAUUAAAGAAUUAGAUAAAGAGGAUGAAGAUUAGAGCUGAAAGGAGCCUUAAAGGUCAUCUAAUCCUGUCUUCUUAUAACUGAGAAUCCUGAAGCCCAGUUUAAAGGACUAGAUUGGAGCUUCUCAGUGAGAUAGCGACUUGGGACUGGAGCCCAGACCCCUCAAGUCUUUGUGCACAGGCUUUUGUGUCACUCUGUAAAUCAGCCUUUGGAAUGAUAGCUCUCAUUCAGUCCACUGUUAUGGAAGAGUCUAAAUUUCUGGAUCCUUCUCCCUGCCCGUGGCUAUGCCUGACACUGGUGUGAUGGUGUGGCUGGCUCCUUUAGACAUGAGGGGAGAUGAAGCAGCCUUGGUGUCCCUACUACUUUGACCCCAUGGAAAUCCAUCUCUCCAGUCCCAUCCACCAGGCAGAAGUCACUAUGGACAAUCUGUCCUUCUGUCUGCUUUGUAACAAAGCAUCACCCAGGAUAUCAAGCAGCCUUCAUGUCAUAUGUUUCAAUUGGCUCCUUUUUUCCAAAAAUUUUCCUACAAGCCAGAGAAACCUGUUGCAAAACUUUGAUGAGACAAACUGGGAAUUGUGGGUUGAUGAACAGAGAACUUAUUUGUUGUAUGCUUGUUGCAGGGUUUUCUCUUUCAUCAGUUACCCUCCCCACCCAUUACAUUCAGUCUGUAGAUAUUUCUUCCAAUCCUGACUCCAUACUUAAAAGUCCCCCGUCAGUCCUUUUUUGUCCCCUAGCAUGAAGACUUAGGGCAUCGAAUGGUGCUGGCCUACACUGUCACUUUUCUACAGAGGUGCCACGGCUGAAGAUGAUGUAUAUUAACACCUCUUCUAUCCAGAACACUGACAAAAAUCCUGAAAUAUCAUCUCAAAAACAAUCCAAAUAUUUUCUCAGAGAAACUUAAGCCUUUAACCAGACUACUGAGUCUUACUUUACACAGGGGCAGUGUGGAACGAAGAGCUGGACCCGGAAUCAGGGAAGUCCUGAGUUUGGAUUUCGACUCAAAGACUUCUUAGCUCUGUGACCCCGGGGAAGCUCAAGAAUCUUACUUAACCCCAUUAUCGUUGCUUAUAAAACAGAAAUACUAAGAUCUGUAACAUUUACCUCAUAGAGCAGUGAGGAUGAAAUGAUGUAGCAUAUAUAAUAAAGUGGUUUGCAAACUUUGGAGCAAAGCCAAUUAUUCUAACAAGUUUAGCUCACUAGUUUCCCAGCAUAUGUAUUAUAGGAAGGAAAAAUUUGAUAGUAAGUGAAUAACUCUGAAAACAAAGCACAGGGGAAGGGAAAACCCCGUGAGGUACCAGGUAGAAGAAUUCAGCAUAAUCAUGGAGGUCCAGGGGGCCCCGAACCACAAAGAAGUACCAAGUCCCAUGAUGCUCAGCAUCUCUGACCAGGAAGGCAGGGGUGGGAGAAAUGCAUCAGCCUGUUUAUUUGAAAAGCUCAUUCCUGAAGACCGCGGGACAGCUCAUGUACCAGGGAGGCAAGGAGAUCAAGAAGGUGUCUGUGCCAUAGCCCAGGAUUCCUGCCCCAGGAGCUUUUAGGCUUUAGAACAAAACACCAGUUUCCUCAUUGUCCAGCCUGGCUUUUUGCAGCCUCCUUGAAGACUUUUCACAGGUGCCCUCAAAAGGGUCUCUGCCAUCUGUGACCUGAGCACCCAUUACUCUUUGUAAACAGAGUCCCAGUGAUCCCCACCUUCCUCAACAGGCUCAAAUAAGGUCAUGGAUGCCCAAGUGUUCUGUAAGUGAUAAACGGUACACUCUGGUAAGUGAUGCUCACCACAAAAACAAAGGUGGAUUCAAAACCAGGUAAAAAUAAUUUUUUUCUGUUUAAUGUGCACUUGAAGUCACACUAUUUUCUCUAAGACUGUUACUCCAGGUAACAGCUCAGGCUCCACCUCCCAGGGGCAUUUUGUAUGAACUGGUAUAGAUGGAACAGGCAUUAACAAAGGGACCCUCAACCAAGGGGUUCUCAACAGGAAAGGAUGUGAUAACCAUUUUUCACAUUUGUGUAAAUAGCAUCAGAGAGGCAUGCCUGAUGUACCCACAUAGCUUCACUUCAAAAUAUGUGAGAACCAGAGCUCAAUGCAUAAAUUAAAAAUAAAAAACCCAAAUCCACUCAA